CUCUAUUUCCUUAUUUUCUCGCGCUUUUCUCCCCUACUACAUAAUCUAAAUAGCACCAAAGUCCCCCUGCCCCCCACACUCCCUCAUUGACCCGGCAGUCUCCGCCAAUUGGUUGUCAAGGCGUUGCUAAGGACGCCUCAAGAAGCUCCCGCACUUCGCCUCCAAACUCCAAGACGCACCACCACCACCACUACCACCUUCCCGCCAACACCCGAGCACACAUAGAGCCUCGCCGCUGCUCUCUCGGGGAGGCGAGCAUGCAGGCGGUGGUGGCGGAGGCGACGCGGGAGGCAGCAGCAGGCACGAUGGAGCGGUGAGCGGAGGGAGGCGGGCCAGCAUGAGGGAGGACGAGGGCGUGCGACUGGACCUCUACAACUAUGACCUGCCCCAGCACGUCUCCCGCCCCCACGUCCUCACCAGCCCCCGCUCCCUCCAGGCCUGUCGACGGCUGGGCAUCAGGCCCGUGGACCUCCUGCAGCAGCCGCGGGAGGAGCACGAGGCGGCCCAACCCGGCCUGCCCCUCGCCCAGCGCCUCGUCGAGUACCAGGCCCAGGAGAGGCGACGGCUGAAGCGGCUACGAGAGGCACGUGAGUUGAGAGACAGACUGGUGCUGGAGGAAGCGAGGAGGAGAGAAAACACAGGUGAGGGGAUUUCUACAGAGGUGGAAAAAGGAGUAAAAGAACAAGAAGGAGGAAAGGAGAAACCAGGCACCGAAGCGGAGGAUAACGAGGAGGAGGAGGAAGAGGAGGAGGGACAAAAGGCAUCGACAAGCAGGGAGGAGAGAGAAGAGAACAGAAGAGAUGAAGCUGGGAGGGCUCACUCGCCUCCCGCUGAUAACAAUUCCUCUUCCUCCUCCAUCUCCUCCUCCUCGAGUUCCUCCUACAAGUCGUCCUCCAAGCAGCUCAAGGACCAGGAGAACAUCGCUCGCAGUCUCGCAAAAAGAAAGUCGUGGGAAAGAGGCGACAGCAGCUCCUUGGACUCAGGCAACAGACGCACAGUGGACGAGGCAGCGGCCACCUCGACCCCAAGGAGCAACGACGAGGCGGAAGAGAGACGAGUGGGGCGUGAAGAGGAGGAGGAAGAAGACUCACACGUGAAAGAAGAGGAGGAUUGGGAGAACGACGACAAGGAAGAGGAGGGAGAUUGGAUAAGUGGAGGAGAAGGUGGAGGCAUAAGUGGAGGUGUGGAAGCAUUAGAAACUCCAUCUCGAGGUGCAUCCAUAAACCCUCCAAGUGACAAGACACGAUCCACCAAACAUCAGCUACUAUCCGCCAAGCCCUCCACGCCCCCCUCCACCCGAUACCCUCCCUCCACCACCAGGCACAUCCUCCCCCACUCCACCACAGCCCCGCCAGCCGCACGAGCCUCUCCACUACCCCACAGGAAGGUCAAGGCGGGUGCUCCUCGUCCUUCCAGUGCGCAAAGAGUAGGUUCAAAGCACUCCCAGUCAAGCCGUCCCCAGCCCCAGCCUCCUCAGCCGGCUCUCCCUUAUAGGCUUCCUGGAGAGCCGUACCGAGCCUCCAUCGAAGCCAGAAGCACCAGCGGCAAGAUAAGGAAGGUAUCGAGGAGGUCGCCGUGUAGGAGCCACCAAGGAGGGAUCGGUGGUGGUGGAUCUCCCGUCAAGAGUCACUUCGCUGAGACUUCACGCCCUCACCUCAGCAGUAAGGGAUUCCAGGCGUCAGGGAGUCUGUUCAAGCUGUCAGUGAGUGGUCAGCAGGCAGUAAGGGGGGCGGGACAGGUGUUAGGAAGCGGGACGUGGCCUGGGGGACGCCACCACGCCUCUGUCCACGCCCACGCCUCCUCCUCCUCGGCCCAGCACCACCACCACCGACCCCGCAUCACGUGGGCAUCUGCACCGCCUCGCUACCAUGGGUCGAGGCGGCCCUCAGACACCAGCCCCUCCCCGACCUCCUCCCUCAGUGACGCGGCGGGGGGCGGCGACGACAGUGACGACGGCAGCCGCUCGGCCAACUCAGCGGCGGAGUGCGACAGGCAGGGUGAGGAGGACGAUCACUCCCUCCCGCGGCCUCGCUCUCCCUCCCCCGGCAGGUUGCCGCCUCGCCUGCCCGUCGUGAGUGUCGUGCCGUGCUGGUCCCCGCGCAGCGACACCACCUCCGUCACCUCCACCUCCACGCCCCGCCUACCCCGACGGCAGCCCACGCCCACCCCGUCAGGAGCAGUGACAGGAGGAGGAGCUAAGAAGGGAGGCGGUGCUGGUGGUGGAGGUGGAGGUGGAGGCGAAGGAGGAGGAGGAGGAGGGGGUCGCCACACACUUCCCAAAGGACGGAAGCACAGCACACGCCCCGCCUCCGCCACCCACCACCUCCCACAUUACCGCCCGCCGCCCACGCUCGCCGCCGCCCGCAGUUUAGACCAAUUAGCCGGGCCGCGAAGAGAAGGAGCGACAGGCGGCGGCGGCUUUCCCCACGACGUCGUCACCCCCCGCCGAGCCAUGUCCGCCGCCUCCUGCCGCAGCCACCGCCCCCCGCGACCCUCCUCGGCCCUCACCGCCAGGAGCCCCGGGCCGCGGCGAGGUGAUGGAGGAGGUGGAGGUGGUGGUGGUGGUGAGGGCCCGUGCUGGAGUCCCCGCCUCCUGCCCCACCACCGCUCCGUCAGCACCGUCUCCCUGGCUGACUCAAGCAUCCUCGCCAAGUUCAUGGAUGGGCUGGAGAACACGCAGCUGCCGGCGAGGGACGUCCGCCUGUUGGAGCUGCUGGCGAUGAAGCACGAGAAGCUGUUCGAGGAGCGGCAGCGCUCCCAGCAGGCCCACCGCGCCUGGCUGCUGCAGAAGGAACGCGACACCAAGAUGGCGGCGUCGGAGUGGGCGGCGUGGCGGGCUCAGGUGAACGACAAGCGGCGCCGAGAGAACGACGAGAACCUGCGUCGGUGGCAUCGCCUGGAGGAGGUGUUCCGGCAGAGCCAAGAGAACCUGGCGUCCCUCAUCACCGGCAAGGAGGAGCGGGCGAGGGAGUUGCUCACCCUACAGCGGCAGGCCAGGGCGAGGCGGGUGGAGGAGCGACGGUCGGCGGAGAGCGCGCGGAAGGCGGCACAGGAGGCGGCGUUGCGGGCGAGGGAGGAGGCGGAGGAGCAGAAGCGGCAGCACCUCAUCCAGCUAUGGGAGCAGCAGCAGCGCCUGGUGGAGCAGCGGCGGCGGGAGAGGGAGGAGUUCUUCAAACGGCGUGUGGCGGAGGACAACUUGGCGGAGACGGAGCAGCAGGAGGAGCGGCGGCGGCAGGUGGAGGCGCGGGGGGAGGCGCUGCUGGCGGCGAUGCGACACAACAUGGAGGAGCGACUUGCCAGGGCCGAGGCGAACCUGCGGCUGCUGAACGAGGCGAAGGAGGACGCGCUCACCAGGCAGAGGAACGAGAGGGAUCGGCGGGUGGCGGCGGUGCAGGCCCUCCACAAUCAGCUGGAGGCCUCGAUGAUGCAGUGGCGGCAGCACAUCCUGUCGCGGCAGCUGGAGGCCAUGGCGGCGGCGGAGACGAGGCAGGAGCAGUACCUUCGGUCGCGAGCCAACAGGAUCUACGCCGAGAGGUCCUCCCGCCACGUCCACCACCACCACCUCCUCCAGCAAGUGUUGGCGCGGGAGGAAGCAGAGCUGGCCAUGGCGAAAAGGUGCCUGGAGGCAAAGGACACGAGGGCGCAGGAGUUGGCGAGGGAGAGGGAGCGGCAGGUGGCCAAAGCUCGCUCCACCGCCCACACCACCGCCGCCCUCAGGGAGAACCUCAGGAAAAAGUUGGCCCCGGAGACGUUCGACAAGGUGGUUGCACGCGCCAACUUGGAGCUGAGGAUCGAAAACCGUCCGCCAGCCACCUCCUCCCAGGGCACCCGCUCCCACAUCUUCCUUGGCUGAGGGUCACGCCAGGCUGGACACCUCUCACUCGCGCCACGCCCCGCCGGUAUCACAUCAGAGCUACAAAAACGCACGCACACGGCCGCCGCACACGACCCUUGAAGCUUCGAACUUUGUUUAUCUUCUCUUCAACGGCUCUCAUUUUAGUUGUUUAGGAAUUCGGCACUUCCAAAUCGAGCACUUAUAGCUGUAUUAUUAUAAUUAUUGCACUUUUGUAGCCUCCUUGGAACAGUAAAAUCAUGCAAAUGUAACCAAGUGCUCACCAAUAUACAUAAUACCGUACAUUUUCGCAAGGGUGUUGAAACCCUGAUUUUAAUCAUUAAUGGCUCCCGAAAAGUUGUACCUACCUAACCUUUUUUUUCAGGAUAGAAACAAGUUUCAAUGUGUAUCACUUGUUGGUGAUGCAGAAAUUAUUUCUAAUACUCAAGAGUUUAGUACCAUUUUUAUAUCACAUUAUCAGCAAACAAUUACACAUAUCUAUAAAUACUAAUAGCACUGAAUUUCUUUUCAGUUAUUGUACUAGAGUUUAUAAGGUUUAUCCAGACUGAGUGUCAUUUCAUGACUGUUUAUUAAAAAAAAAAUCAUACAUCAUCUGAAUAUUAAAUGCAGUUAUUUAGUACAGAGAAUGUCACAUUGCACCAUCCACUGUGCCCAAAGGUUAUGCAUAGUUUCCUUUUGACACACUGACCAUCAGUAUGACAUUCCUGAAAAAAUUAAUACGCAUACUCUGAAAACACAACACACAGUAGACGUAAUGGAAAUACAAUAGGUGAUUAAUUUACUACUUAAUGUUGUACAUCUGUGAUGCAGAAACAGCAUAUGUAAUCAAAACAGCUUGUCACUUGCAGGUAUGUACUAAGUCCUGCAAUACCAUAAAUAAAAUCACAAUACAUUGAUAAAAUACCAAAUGUCACGGUGUAACUUAUGCAUCCACAUAUGACAAAAAGGGAUGUUGAGCAUAGCAGAUGCAAAAGACCUCUUGACAUGAUGCACAAUGAGAAACUCCUGACCCCUCUAAGCAUAAAAACUCUCAUGAACAAGAGCCUCUCACAGUUUCUGCUGUGGCAUCCAGACUUUUCAAUAUUAUUUCAACAACUCCUCAUUAACAAAGGAAACUUACCCAUUUGCAGGGCUAUACUUAUGAUGUGCAAGUGCAUUGAUCUAUUCUGUACAGUGUCUUUGUGCAUCCUAUCUGGCUUUUAUGGUACAAAGAAUUUUGCCACAUUAUUAAACUGUAAGCAUUAACCAUUUAAGUGGAAUUAUUAAUUUACCUUAAUUGAUCUUGAUUCUGUAUGAAUUACUGAAACUUAAGAUGUGUGUGUGUGUGUGUGUGUG